ACAAACAACAAUGCUCCAACAAGCAUCCCAUUCCUCUUCAAAGAGUACUCCUAGCAGCCCACGCCUUAUGUCUAGCACUCCACCGCCUUACUCACCACAACGCAAAGCCAGAAGAGGCAGCGAACCUUCACCGAUCAUGAUCGCCUUAUCUGGGUGGCCGGAACCAGUUUACAUUGCGAGUGAUACUAGCAGCUGGGACCGAAAGAAGCAACAAUCCAGGUCUGGAACAGCGACCCCCCCAGAGAUCUAUGACGGUGUAGGUGGGCCACGCAUUAUACCUCAGCACAUCCCUUCUUUGUUGGCGCAAAAAAACGCUCGCCUACCUGCGAGUCAACCCCAAAAUGCUCGCGCACCGGCAACGUCGGCCGGGAAAGCCGACCCCGCAAAGGUAUUCCCCGCACCGGUCGACAACGAUAACAAUACUCCGACAAAUGCUCCGAACAGGUGGAGCAGGAGUAAUGGUAGGAAUGCAAUCAAGCCAUUGACUCCUGCAUAUCCCCCGGCGCCUCCUGCUGGCUCCAUAUUUGCAACCCCGCCAGCCGCAGGCAACAGCAGCAACAGCAAGACGCCAGUCGCUCCACAAUUCUCCAUAUUCGCAACCACCUGCCCACAUCUUACAGACCCUUCCCUCGGUCCAUGUCCCUUCCCGACACAUCCUCACGAUGUUAGAAGCAUGUUUCCGCCCACUAGCCAUUUGGCAAAGAGGGGGGCACAGAUGCCCUUAUCCCGUCCUUCACGUGAUAAAGGGACCACUGAUAAGAUAACCGAUAAACAGCCUAUUCGUCCCAAGUAUCUCCCACCCACCAUCUUCCCAUCUGUCACCAUCUCUUCCAUCACUCACUCUCCCACCACUAUCAUCCGUUCUUCGUCUUCAUCUUCGUCAUCAACCAAAAUUAAUGACAAAGGUAAAGAGCGCGAAGACCCAAUUAAACGACCAAGCACCUUUGCCGACCCGCGAUACCUUCCUUCAUCUGCAAUCCUACAUAAAGGUAGAGCACUGCCUCUCGUCCCAAGCUGGUCUGGGGUAUCAUCACCAUCAUCUAGUCGAACUUCCACUCCUCGCGGAGAAAGGUCUAGGUCUCCUGCCGUUCCCACGCCUACUUUUGAUCCCCCCCCUGUCACUGGCCUUGCUCCAAUCAAGACUUCCACCGACGUCCGAGUGAUCGAUGAGAAUUACGACCCGGACGGUUCUCCAACGUUCACCACGACAAAUGAGUCCAACGGGAAGGCAAAAGGUAAAAGGCGACUGAGCAUUUUAGGUGAUGUGGAAGCAGGCAUCUUGUGGAAGAAAGUGGUUGUGAAUGACUUAAGGCAAAAUACUUCCAACACGCCCGAAGUUGGAGAAGCAAUGGACGUUGACGUGGUGGAGGAGGUGGAAAAAAUGGAGAAAGUGGUCAUUUAAAUUUUUCUGUUUCCUUCCUUUAGCAUCGGUUCCAAACAUGGACUUCCUGGCAUUAUUUCUGUGCAAAGUUCAUUUCUCACACUUUUCUCUGUCCUCCAUUAAAGUCCUCCACUUAUUUGUCCCGUCUAUCUUAUUUCAUCCUACUUUCCUUAACCUUGUCCAUGAAAAGUCAAAGGAAACCUGCACAAUGUUUGUAAUAACGUGUAUUCUUAACCACCCCUUUUGUUCUUACCAUUCAAUCGUUGUUUUUAACUCACGUGAUAUGAUUUCUGCUUGCUUGAUGCUUAAUAUGCUUGCUCUGCACUGUAUAUACCUAACUUCCAGUUUCCGUCAUAAGCUGGUGCAUCGUUGCACGAAAUCGUUAUAUAUAUGGGGCAAUGGCGCUAGAUCUCCAAACCUAAUAACCUUAUCUACAAGCCAACUACCGUUGUACUGUUACAGCCCCCUCUAAUAUCUAACUUUUAGCUUACCAAAAAAAUCUCCUUUGUUGCCGACAUAAUAAGAGAUGUGAAAUAA